AUCCUUCCCAUAAUUCCGUGCGAUAGCGCAUGCGCAGUACUGUGUAGGGCAAGGCCAACGCUUUCUUUAGAUAGUAGUUUACCUGUAUAGCCGCCAUUUUGAUUGUUUACCUUUAUGACAUGUGAUAUCGACCUGGUCUUUGGAUUCUCUCGUUUCAAUACUUCGCCAUGCCUGCCCACUGCUGUGCAUAUGGCUGUAAAAACCGGCAGAUACCAGGGGUAGAUUUGAAGUUUUUCCGAAUACCUAGGGACCCUCACCUGAGAGCAAAGUGGGUUUCGGCCAUUAAGAGAGACGACUGGGAGCCUACUGAACAUUCCAGGAUCUGCUCUAAACAUUUCAUAAAUGGUCAGCCAUCUAGGGAGCCCACAAAUCCAGAUUAUGUCCCAUCCAUAUUUUCCUACAAGGCUCAACCCAACGAUGCACUUCAGAGUAAGGUCCUUCGACAUCAGCGCCUCAAAGAGAGAAAAGAAAACAUUGCGAAGUCAGAAUCUGCUGCAGCUCUUCUUUCAUUGGGCAGUGAACUACCAACAUGUGUGCCAGGAAUCUCUACUCAGACUCCCAUGCCAUCUUCUUGUGAAAUUUCUGUUCAGACAGACAUUACUAUGCCAGUGAUGGAGAGUUUGAUAUUUACAAACCAGUAUCUAAAGCAUGCAUAUAACAUCCAGAAAGCAACUGUGGAUGACUUGACACUCCGCCAAGCUGAACUACAAGCCCUGUGUCACCAGCAAUCAACAGAACUGCAAGAUUUGAGGAAUUCAUUGGAAAAGCUUGAGGCAGAUAACAGGGUACUGAUGGAGGACAUUGACAGAAAGACUUUGAGCUACAGUGCUAUCAAGAAUGACAAGAGAACCAGCCAGUCAUCCGUCACAAACAUUUUUCAUUCGUGGCUAGAUGCAUUAUACCAAAGUUUGGGUGGACUUGCUGUGUGGCCAGAAACUGACGUCUGCCAGCUACCCACAGUGUUUCAGAACAAUGUGUUCAAGAAAGUUAAGUGCAUAAUUGACUGUACCGAAAUUUUCAUAGAAAGACCCUCAAACCUAAAAGCCCGUGCCCAGACGUAUUCUAACUACAAGCGUCACAACACUAUCAAGAUUCUUGUUGGAGUGAGUCCCACCGGAUGUGUCACAUUCCUGUCGACAUGUUGGGGAGGGAGAGUCAGUGACCGACAGAUUACAGUUCAGUCGGGCAUAUUGGACAAACUUUUACCUGGUGAUGUUGUUCUGGCAGACCGAGGCUUUCAAAUGACUGAGGACUUUGCUUUGAAGGGAGGCAAACUCGUUGUGCCAGCCUUUACCAAAGGGAAAAAGCAGUUGUCUAAAGAAGAAGUUGAAACUUCAAGAAUGAUUUCGAGGGCCAGGAUACACAUUGAGAGAGUUAUUGGGCGCCUGAAAGACUUUGAAAUAAUCAAAGGACCUCUUCCAAUAAACUUGGUGAAAAAAAGACACAACAGUGCCAUUCCUGCUGGGGACAAAAUUGUACGUGUGGUCGCUGCAGUAGUAAACACUAAUGGGGCCAUUCUGUGA